AUGUCCGACCUCAACCUCCCUGACUCCGAGGAAUUCAACGAAGUUUAUUUCACCAGGUUCGGGCCUAUCAACGGAAAGAAAAACCUCACGGAACUCAACAAUGAAGCCUCCCUCUGUUGUAAUUAA